AUGUAUCCAAUACCAUCUAUACCAUAUACUUUUAAUCAUCAAUUAUUUAAUCAACAAUCGAGAAGAUAUUUCAAACAUCAAAAUGGAAUUAUACAAAGUAAAAGUCGAAAUAAUAUUAAAAUUCAACAAACAAAUUUACUUCCAAAUAGUCAAUCAUAUAAAAAUCAAAUUAUUUUUCCAUUAUCAAAUUCUAACAUAAUAUCAAAUAAUCCAUCAAUAUCACAUCAAUUUGAAAAAUUUACAAAAAAACGUACACCAAAAUUACUUAUGCCAAGUCGAUCUCAUCAAGAACAUUUAUUUUGUCAAGAAUUAAAUCCGAAAAAUAUUCUAUCAAAACGAUGUUUACCAUUGUUUAAUUCACGUUCAGUUGGUUGUCUAGAAGAUCGAAUAAAAAAAGAACGAAAAUCUCAUACAAUGCCUCCAUUAUCGAAAAUUUUAGGACCAUGUUCAACUCCAAAAGCUAAAUUAUUUGCAAGUAUUAUUGCACCUACUGAUGCUCAAGCAAUUAAAGCAAAUCAAUUAGCACAAAAUCUAUCAAAUAUUAAUUCAAUUUAUGAUUCAAAAUCAGAUCGUGAAACAAUUGAUGAUGAUACACCUAUUUUUGUUCAUGUUCAAUAUGAUCCUCAAACUAGUUCAAGACCAGAUCAAAAUAUUAUUAGACAAACUCUCAAUAAUCAAUUAUUCAAUCAGAUAAAUAAACAAGAAGCAAUUAUAUUGAAUUUUCUUGGACCAAAUAUUAAGGCAAACUUACCUGUUAGAGUAGAACAACAACAACAACAAUCUUUUAAUCAAUCUACUCAAUUUAUUAAACAAAAUUCAUCUCGUCGUAUUCCUGUUUAUUGUCAAAAAGAACAACAAAUAAACGAUGGACAAAAUCAUUUUCUUCCGCCGAGAGUUUCUCGACCAUCGAACAGCUAUCCUUCCAUGGCUACUAUCUCUCACCCAGUUCAGUCUUUUCUAAAGAAUGAAAAUCUAAGUUCAUCAAAAGUUCCAAGACCAUUUAUAAAUCGUCAACAAGUUCAAUCUAAUAAAGUUCAACAAUUAUCUAAUCGAUAUAUAAAUUCGUCACGAUCUAACGGAUAUUAUAAGACAGAAGUUGAUAAUUUCAAGGAAAUAAAUCGUAAAAUGUCAUAUCAACCAUCAACAAUAAGUGAUCAAGAAAUUCUUUCAAGAAUAUCAUAUACAACUCCUUCUUCAAAUGAAAUAUAUCGACCAACAGCAUUAACAGAUACACCAGAAUUAAGUAGAGAAAAUUUACUUGUUAUGCUUAAUCAAAUUCCUGAUUUACAAGGUCGUCGAUUUAAGAUUGAAUAUGCGUCAAGUGGUAUACCUGAAGCUUAUCCAAUUCCAAUAAAUUUAGGUUCUGCUGCAAAUACAUAUCCUGAACCAGUUUAUAUAGAUAGAUUACCAAAUGAUGUUAUUCAACAUGUUAAAAGUAGUAAUAAUCCGGCAAUAACAGCUGCAUUAGAAGCAACUAUUCAACGAGAACAAUAUUUACAACCAACAGUUAUAUCUCAACCAACAAAUUCAUCAUUAUAUUAUCAACCACCAACUGUUCUACAUCAUGCAGCACAACCUCAUGAACAAGUUCAACAAUCUCGACCAUUUAUAUCAAAAAAUCUUGAUAAAAAUACUCAACUAUUAUCAUCAUCAUCAUCAUCAUCAUCAUCAUCAACAUCAAGUGAAGAAAGUGAUAGUGAAGAUUUUGAAAGUAUUUCAUCAGGAAGACCAAGAAAUUCAAUUGAAACAGUUGGUAAACAAUAUUCAUCAAAAAUCUAUCCUGAAAAUGAAUAUGAUUAA